AUCAGUGCCCAGCAGUGCCAACCACAAGUUCCGCCCACCUGUGCCCAACAGUGCACCCACCUGUGCCCAGCAGUACCACCCACCUGUGCCCACCCACCAGUGCCACCCACCUGUACCCACCAAUGCCACCCACCAGUGCCCAUCAGUGCAGCCCAGCAGUGCUGCCAGUCAGUGCCACUACCAGUCAGUGCCCAGCAAUGCCGCCAGUCAGUGCCCAGCAGUGAUGCCAGUCAGUGCCACAUUUCAGUGCUGUCUAUCAGUACCCAUCAUCAGUGCCACCUAUCAGUGCCGCCUAUCCGUGACACCUCAUUAGUGCUGCCUAUCAGUGCCAUC